AUGGCCACCCCCAAUGUUCUUACCUUUGACGCUGAGGGGAGGGCCAUUGACUUUGCCGUCUGGAUUGAAGACCUGCAGCUGUACUUACUGUGUGAUGCGAUAGAUGAGGUCUCUCUCUUUGACUUUGUCUCUGGCGCUGUCCCUGCCCCACCUGCUGAUGCUGACUCUGCCGUUCGCUCCAAGUGGGCGACCCGCGAUGCUGCUGCACGUCUUGCUGUGCGUCGCCACCUCCCUUCCUCUGAGCGUGCCCACUUUAGUCAGUGCAAGACCGCUCAGGCCUUGGACCAGUUUCUCUCUGUCUGUCCCACCACUCUCACUGUCGACCUCCUUGAGGAGUCCCUGCUAGCGGCUGAGAAGAGUAUUGUCGCUGUAGGGGCCUCUCGGGUCGGUCGGCGCGGCGUCUGCCCCCAGCGGCAGACGCCGCGCUGGCAAGGGCAGGGGGGCAAGGGAGCGGGUGGAGCUAGAGGGGGCGGUGGAGGAGGCGGUGGGGUGGCGGGGAUGGGGGUGUCGGCGGUGGGGUGGUGGCGGAGUGGAGGUACUGGUGGCGGCGGUGGAGGCGGAGGGGCGGCGGAGGUGGUAGCGGAGGAGGCGGUGGGAGCGGUGGGAGCGACGGUCCUGGUGGGGGAGGUGGAGGUGGAGACGGGGGUGGCGGUGGAGGCGGGGGUGGCAGUGGAGGCGGGGGUCGGAGUGGCUCGUCCCAGCGGAGCAGCUCCGGGGGUGGUCAGCGCCAGCAGCAGCAGCAGCGCUCUCGCACCGUCCCCCGCCCCUCAGCAGCUCCGUGAGUGGUACUCGCAGCGUCAGCGUGGUGGUGCGCUUGGUCCUUGCCCCUACGUUCUCCGCACCGGUGACCGUGCAGGGGAGAGGUGUGGAGGCGCCCACACUGCCCGCCGCUGCUUUGGCCGCCUGACUGACGCCUGGCGUCAGCAGUUUCCGGAGGCAGCUGAGAUCCCCCGCUGGGGAGAGCUGUCUAGGGCUGGUGUAGCUAUUUAUGAUCUUGAUUUUGAUGCUAUUCUCUCUGCUAUGUAUGCUGCGAUUGGUAGUGAUGAGGAUGACUGUUACCGGUGUUUCCCGCCCGACCCGGGCAUUGGUACUGCCGCGUCAGGUACUAGUGAGGCUGCUGCUCUAGGUGCCAGUGCGUCUGUGCUCUCAGGUGCUGGUGAGUCUGCCCUCUCAGGUACUGUUCGGCCGGUUGCGGUGUCCCUGGCUGACCCCUCUGGGGGGCCUGUCCUGUCUCGCUUCUCCACUGUCCUCCCGUGUCCGGCGGCCCCCUCUGGCACCCUGACUGGUCUCUACCUCCCCUCGUUCUCGACGAACUUGGUGAGUGGUGCUGACCUCCAGGAUGCGGGUGUCCACCAGUUCACCCCUGCUCGUCAGCGGGUGACCCACUGCACGGAGGCGGAUACAGGUCGCCACCUGGCUACGUUUACACGUCGGCCAGGGUCGAGCCUGUACACUCUGACCACUGCUUCUCCUCCAGGUGCUGAGUCUGGUAGGGUCACUUCGUCUGGUCAGGUGUUUGCUGCAGCGUCCAGGUCUGGUCCUGAGUCUGCCCCCUGCUCGUGCCGUCGUUUGUCUCACGAGACCCUCCUCUGGCACCACCGCCUUGGCCACCCCUCUCUGCUUCGGCUCAGAGGCAUGGCCUCGCGAGUCCUUGUGUCUGGUCUUCCCCGUCUCUCUCCCUCCCCUUCCUCCGGCCCUGGCCCCACCUGUGUCCCCUGUGUCGAGGGGCGCCAGCGUGCUGCCCCUCACUCCUCCCAGUUUCCUCCGACAGAGGCCCCGUUGCAGACGCUUCACAUGGAUGUGUGGGGCCCAGCCCGCGUCCGUGGACAGGGUCAGGAGCGCUACUACUUCCUGCUGGUGGUUGACGACUACUCGCGUUACACCACAGUCUUCCCCUUGCGCAGCAAGACCUUCACGCUUCCGGACUCACCGCAGCAGAAUGGGAUUGCUGAGCGCCGCAUUGGCAUGGUCAUGGACGUCGCUCGUACGUCCAUGAUGCAUGCGGCUGCUCCCCAUUUUCUGUGGUUUUUUGCGGUCAGGUACGCUGCGCACCAGAUCAACCUCCACCCCAGGGUCUCUCGACCGGAGACCUCCCCAGCCCUGCUGUGGACGGGGAAGGUUGGCGAUGCGUCGGCGUUCCGGGUCUGGGGAUCUCGGGCGUUUGUUCGCGACCUGUCUGCGGACAAGCUAUCCCCUCGUGCUUCUCCCUGCGUCUUCCUGGGGUUCCCCCCCGACGCCCCUGGGUGGCAGUUUUACCACCCCACCUCUCGACGUGUUCUGUCCUCCCAGGACGUCACGUUCGACGAGUCGGUACCCUACUACCGCCUCUUCCCCUACCGCACUCCGUCCCUCCCCCCACCCCCGCUCUUCUUGGUACCAGGUCCCCCCCCGGUAGUCCCCCUCCCCCCUCAGGGUCCUGCCCCUUCAGGUGUGUCCCAGGUAGACGCGGUCGAGCCUGUCGAGGUCACUGGUGACUCUGGUGCUGCUGCGGGAGCUGAGCCUGGGGGUGCGGAGUCUGGGGGUGCUGAGCCUGGAGGUGCCGAGUCUGGGGGUGCUGUGCCUGGGGGUGCUGAGCCUGGGGUGCUGAGCCUGGGGUUGCUGAGCCUGGGGGUGCUGAGCCUGGGGGUGACGUGCCUGGGGGUGCUGUGUCUAGGGGUGCUGAGCCUGGAGGUGCUGUGCCUGGGGGUGCUUCGUCUCGCCGGGAGCCACUCUCCCCACAGGAGCUGCGUGAGUGGUUUGCCGGGCGCUGGAGGCGUGCUGCUGGUGCUGGUGGUUCUUCGGCUGCAGAGGGUACUGCUGCUGCGCGCGCCCGCCGGCGCUCGUACUGUGGGUGCUGGAGCUGCUGAGUCUGAGAGUUCUCCUGGAGCUGGUCCUGCUGAGGGUGUUGGUGCUGAGCCUGCCGUUGGCGGCCCGACUGACAGUGCUCCUGGUGCUGCGGCUGGAGGUUCUGGAGCUUCUGGUGGUGCUGCUGGAGGUGCUACUGGAGUGGGUGCUCCUGCCGGGGCUGCUGGUGCUGUUCCUGCUGUUUCUAGCGUCGCCGCGCGGCCCCGACCGUACUGUUCCGCUCCUGCAGCAGGUUCUUGGUCUUACACCUCCUCCUCCUCCCUUAGAGGGUCCGCAGCCUGUCCGGUCACAGCCACAGCUACAGCCUGCCUCCCCUUUGCCUGCUCCUUCUCCCUACGCUGGUCCGACUGGAGUCGGACGCCCUUCGUGCUGCCAGUCCUACUGUCACGCGUCUCCUGGCUACUGCUGUCACUGACCCCUUCCUUCGAGUCGUCUGCUGCGUCUGCCCUUGUCACUGAGCUUGUCGACUUUGCUGCGCGCUGUCGUCUAGACUACGCUGCUCGUCUUGUCACUGAGUCUGAGUCCGCCUGUCCUCCGUCCGUCGGGGGUGAGUGUGCCCUUGGCACGGACGUCCUUGAGGACAGGCAGGAGGAUUUCCAGUGUCUGGCCGCCGCUUCACCUCGUCUCGCGUCUGUACUGCUAGCCCCUGAGGGAGACCCGGAUGCACCAGACAUCCCGACUCCGCGCUCUUACGCGGAGGCGAUAGAGGGUCCCUACUCCUCUCAGUGGCAGGCAGCUAUGGAUGCAGAGAUGGCUUCCUGGAAGUCCACAGGCACCUACGUUGACGCUGUUCCCCCUCCUGGGGCGAACAUCGUCAGUGGCAUGUGGAUUUUCAGGGUGAAGCGGCCGCCGGGUUCUCCGCCUGUCUUCAAGGCGCGUUACGUGGCUCGUGGCUUCAGUCAGCGGCAGGGGGUUGACUACUUUCAGACCUUCUCCCCCACCCCGAAGAUGACCACUCUUCGGGUUCUGCUACACGUUGCUGCUCACCGUGACUACGAGCUGCACUCUCUCGACUUCAGCACAGCUUUCUUGCAGGGCAGCCUGCACGAGGAGAUCUGGCUGCGUCGCCCACCUGGCUUCACUGGGUCUUUCCCUCCUGGUACCCAGUGGAGUCUCCGGCGUCCAGUCUACGGUCUCCGCCAGGCGCCACGUGAGUGGCACGACACACUGAGGACUACGCUCGCGGCACUUGGGUUUGCUCCUUCCACUGCCGACCCGUCGCUGUUUCUCUGCGCACCGACACCUCUCUGCCGCCGUUCUACAUCCUCCUACCUUGGCUUGCAGAUCACCCGGGACAGAGCACGCCGCACCAUUACCCUGACUCAGUCACACAUGGUGCAGCAGGUCCUUCAGCGCUUCGGCUUCACGUACUCCUCGCCUCAGGCCACUCCUCUGCCUACUCGCCACUCGCUCUCAGCUCUGCCUUCGGAUGAGUCCGUAGAGUCGAGUGGCCCGUUUGCAGAGCUUGUUGGCUGCCUCAUGUACCUGAUGACCUGCACACGACCUGACCUCGCAUACCCUCUUAGCAUUCUCGCACGCUUUGUUGCUCCUGGGAGACACCGACCAGAGCACAUGGCUGCAGCGAAGAGGGUGUUGCGCUACUUGUGCAGUACGUCGGGCAUGGGGCUAGUGCUUGGAGGGCGCAGUCCAGAGUUACGCUGGCUCACCUACCUGCUGACCGACCUUGGAGAGCAGCCUCGUUCUCCUCCAGUCCUGUACGUAGACAACAAGGCCAUGCUGGCCUUGUGUCGAGAGCAGCGACUGGAGCACAGAACGAAGCACAUUGCUCUUCGUUACUUUCUUGCUCGUGAGCUACAGCAGCGUGGACAGCUGCGACUUGCGUACGUGGCCUCUGAGGCCAACACUGCUGAUGUCUUCACCAAGGCACUUGCGCCUUGUGAUCAUCAGCGUUGCUGCACGCAGUUGGGUCUUGUGCCUGUCUUGCCUCACUUGCUCUCCUCUUGA